UGCCUCUAUUCACACGGACAAUCUGGUUCACAUCUGCCCGCUCUCCUGCGAGACACUUACGGAACUGGGCAUCCUGUUCCAGCAGUACUUGUGGGACUGAUCUUCUGUGUUUUCCUGCUCCCCUGCGCUGCUCUGCAUUUCAGCUUUUGAAAUCACUUUAUCCUUAAUACCUUAAUUCGAAUUACAUUAGGCCCAAACCUUCCAUUCCUACUCAGUUCUCAGCUUCCCUCUUUCCAGAGGUAUUUCUUCUCACUAGGUGCUGUACUUAUACAUACAAGCAGUUAUAUUCUGAGCCGUGGCACUGAAUUUACUUUCAGCAGUCUGUUGUAUUUAAGGAUCAGUAUCUGGCCAUGUCCGAUGCCAACACUUUCAGCUAUCCCUGCGGUGAUCGGAGGAAAGCGCUGGGGUGAUGGGGGCAGCCUUCCCCCCACAGCACCCCAUCCUCUGAGAAGGAUUUUGCCAGAUUUGUAAGGCUUGCGGUGACAGUAGUUGAGGCUUAGGGCCUUAACAACAUCAAAUACUGCUUUCACUUGUUGAGACCGUUUACACAACCCCAGAACCAGGACGCCAGGGGCACUAAACCACCACAGUCAGUGCCGUGGCUUCUCUACGGAGAAGGGGGGGUGAGCCUGCGCCAUGCUGUGAGGGGAAAACCGAGCCCAGGGCCAGCAGGGGACCCCUCGCAUCCCUUCCAGCGCCCUCCUCCGACGGCGUGCAGCGGGCCGGAGGCGGCCUGGUAAGGACAGCCCUGUGAGGGACGGGCUUGUGGGGCCUGUAGGGGCCGGUUCUGUGCGAGGCCGCCCCUCAAGGCGGAGCUGCCGCCCGGGCCCGCACAUGCGCUGCCGCCACAGCUCGGCACAGGCGGCCUCGGGUAUGGUGCUCUUUGGCUGAAUCUUCAGGCGGAACUGACAUUGAACUGCUUCCUCAGGAUUGCUGAAACUGAUCAAAAUAGGCCGUAUAGUCAGUGGUUGCUUUGCCUGCGGCAUUCAUCAUGAUAACUCCAGCUUUUGAGCUGAGCCAGGAUCCGGAUUUUCUUACAAUAAUCAUUGAAGUACCUUAUGCGAGAGCUUCAGAGUUCGACUUGUAUUUUGAAGGGGAAGAUUUUAAAUUUUAUUCUAAGCCUUACUUUCUCAGGUUGACGCUUCCUGGAAGAAUUGUGGAAGAUGGCAGAGAAAAAGCAUCUUACAAUGCAGACAAACGGACCUUGACAAUUCGAUUACCUAAGGAGAGUCCUGGGCAGUAUUUUGAAGGACUGGAUAUGGUGACAUCCCUUUUAGCACCAAAAAAAUCAAGAUCAGCAAAACGUUUAGUGGAGGAGAUAGGUGCCUCUGCUGCGUUGUCGGAGGAGGAGGAGGAAGAAGAAUUUGAAUGGGAAAUAGAGCAGACCCCUUAUGAAGAAACUGCAGAAAGCUUUCCACCACUACAGUACUGCUAUGGAUUUGGGAAUUUGCGUUCGGGGGUGUUCCAGCGGCUGCAGGACGAACUCAGUGAUGUUGUAGACAUUAAGGAUCCAGACAGAACUCCAGUAUGUGAACGUAGGAAGAAACGCCUGGCAGCAGAAGCUGCCAAGUUCGAUCCUGAUCAUUACCUAGCUGACUCUUUUGAAGAUGAAGCUAUUCAGCAUGUUUUGAAAUACAAACCGUGGUGGGUUGAGGCUCAUGAAAAAAUGACAGCCUUGCAGGGAGAAAGUCAUCAGAAACACGACAGCAAUACAUUAGUUGUCUUCACUGAAGAAGAGAGAGAGCAGCUGAGAAGGUUCACAAAUAAAUCCUAUCUUCUGGAUAAAAGAAGCCGUCAUCACGUGUAUCUGAGUUUAAUUGAUAUCCUUCUGGCAUAUUGCUAUGACAUCUGUAUCAACGAAGGAGACCAAAAUGUUGAAUCAUCUUGGAAUGUCAGGAAACUGAGUGCAACAUUGUGCUGGCUGGAGUGUUUCUAUGACAUUCAUGAUGUUCUGGUAUGUUUUGGAAGAAGAGUGCUGUGCUAUCCACUGCACAGACAUUUCGACUUGGUGACACGUGCCUUGAAUGAUACAGUCAUGAUACUACAACUAGGAAGAGCUGCGGUUCUGAAGUGUCUGCUGGACAUUCACAAGAUUUUUAGGGAGAGCGACCCUGCCUACCUCCUUAAUGAUCUCUUCAUUACAGACUACUGCGUCUGGAUUCAAAAAACCAAGUCAAAAAAGUUGGCUGCACUUUCUGAAUCCUUGCAGAAAACCUCACUGGCUAAGUCCCACCUCGGAUUUGAGCUGGAAGAGCUGGAAGCAGCAGCGCGGCUGGUGCAAGAAGAGGAGAGACAGUUAAAAGCUGCUGCAGCAGUUUCCAGGCAACAGCUGCCUUCCUCUGAGUCGGAGACAAGUGACUCUGAAGAAUCGAGCAGCACUUCAUCUGAGACAGAAGGCUCUGAUUCAGAUGAGCAAGAGUCCUCAGCCGAUGAAGAUGGGAAAAUAAAUUCUUCACAAGGCGUGCUUCAAGAGGAGGGGACAGCUCCACUUAUUGACUGUAAUGGAUUAAGGCAAGACGCAAACACUUCGAUGGUUGAGGUUAGCGAUGAAAAAUCAAAGGCUUCUUUGCAAUCUACGUCUGUUCCUGGAAAAUUGAUAGAAGAAUUAGAAAAACAAAUGCACACUGCAAUUAGUCUUUCAGAACAGCCCAAAGAACUGGCUGCUGCAAGUUGCUUUGCUUUACGGGAACAAGAAGAAAACCAUGUGUCUGAACCUGACAAGUAUUCAGAGGUUUCUACUGGGAAGGGAAAUUUCUUGGAGGUGCCUUCAAAGACAAAUCCUUUGCUUUUUCUUUGCAGUACAAAUGAAGAUGAAGACUAAGGGACCAUGGCAGAGCAGUGUGACCCAAUAGCAACACAGCUCAUUGCUGUAAUGAGGUGUUCCCAAGGCUAUGCUGAGCUGCAGAGAGAAGUCGAUAUUUUUCUUCUUUGUGUUGACAGUCUGGAGGACAAGACUGCUUUGAAAAGAAUGGAUGUGAAUGUAUGAUAGCCUCACAUUUUUUUUUUUAUUUUUAUUCUUUGGUUUUACAGAGUCAGGUGUGAUCUCUGCAUGAGGGAACGUGUAAUUUCAGUGAACUUAUUAAAAAAAAAAAGUUUUUGUUAAAAAAAAGUUUUUGUUAGGCUUGUUUAGUAGAAUUAUGUCCUUAAUCACAACCGAAGUCAGUUGCAGAAUCAUUAAAGAUAUCUUUAGAUGUUGGGAUUUACUUGGAGAAAUACUCCCGUUAUGUUUGUAUAUCACGUUUUCUGCUUUUUUCAUUUUGAAAUGGUUUUUAGCUAACCACUUCGAAGAUGGUUGUAAUGUUAAAAAUGUAAAUUCUUAUAAAUAAGAUUUUUCUAUUUUUGUGCAAAAAUAAAAGAAUUUUUUCAGU